ACCACGAAAUCCCCCAAAAGCGAAAAUGAAACUUCUUUUGGUGCUGACUUUGGCCUUAUUUAUUGCCCACGUGGCAGUUGCACAAAGUGAGGAUAGUUCUACAGUUGCUAAUGAAGAAGAUGUCGAUGAUGACACUACCGAUGCCACUGAAAGCGAUGCUGAAUUGGAUACUGGAGACGACUCUGAUGUCGGCAGCUCAGAUGACGACAAUUCAGAUGACAAUACCGAGGAUAGCGAUGAUUCUGUUGCGGAAGUAGCAACUGCUGCUCCGAAAGCAAAAAGAAAUAACGCCAAAAAGAGUAAGGCCGUGAAAAAUAACAAAAAUAACAAGAAAAAUAAUUUGGCCAAACGUCGUGCCGUCGCCGCCGCUGUUAAAAAAGCCAUGAAAAAUUCGGCUAAGAAGCGAACACCUGUUGCGCGAAAAAGGGGAAAUAAUGCCAAAAGAAAGAAUAAUGCCAAUAGACGUAGGCGCUCUGGAUAA